UCUAUGGUAGACGAUCGCAGUUACGAAGUCGAUCGACGAAAGUCGACGCCUUCGGAUGUUUUUGUAAUUUAAGUUUUUUUGGCCCAAAGGAUCUUUUACCCGGAAAAAUAGCAUUUUGUAUACAAACGUAAACAUGUCUUUACCUCUUUCUAAAGUGCUGGCACCGAAAAGAGGCAACAGUUUAGACGUAGAAAGGGAAAAUUUCGAGAAAACCCAAACCACUAGUAUAUCGAAAGCCAUCAACAAUCAUGAGUCACCGGUGAAAGAAAAACAUGUCCGAAAUGCAAUAUUGGGAACAUUCCGUGAAAAGGGUGCAGGUACAUUCUGGAGUGUUGUCAUGAAAUUACCAUUACAAGGAAAUCCAAUAGUCUGUUGGAAGUUUUGUCAUGUUCUUCAUAAAUUACUUCGUGAAGGUCAUCAGCACGUCAUUCCAGAUUCACAGAGAUAUAAAUCGCAUCUAACUGAUCUGGGAAAGUUAUGGGGGCUUUUAAAAGAAGGUUAUGGAAGAUUGAUAAGCUGCUAUUGUAAUGUGUUGUUAAUUAAAUUAGAUUUUCACAGGAGAAAUCCCCGCUUUCCGGGAAAUAUGAUCGUAACAGAUGAAGAACUUGACGAUAUUGGAGAAAAAGACGUUAAUGUAUUUUUCCAGUUAACGUGCGAAAUGUUUGAUUACAUGGAAGAGAUACUUGCUCUUCAGGCAGCAGUUUUCGGUUCUUUGGACAUGUCGCGAUCAAAUUCGAUGACAAACACGGGCCAGUGCCGUCUAGCUCCUCUCAUUCCCUGCAUUCAAGAUUCCAGUCUUUUAUAUGAUUACAUUGUAAAGGUGCUCUUCAAGCUUCACGCUGCCUUAUCACAAGACACAUUAACAGGACAUAGGGAGAGGUUUCUUAAACAAUUUAAAGGGCUUCAACAGUUUUAUAUCAACUCGAGUAACCUUCAAUAUUUCAAAUAUCUUAUUCAAGUACCUUUAUUACCUGAUAAACCACCCAAUUUUCUAGUCGCUUCAGAUUUAAACACGCACGUUAGUCCAGUAGUUAUCCUUCCACCUCAGACGGACACUCCCGAAAAUGAAUUCGUAGAAGGUCACUUAGUAGACACUUCAGUUCCUCCCCAAGCUCAAGCACAAUUCGAAGAUGUUUUCGGCUCUGGAGGAAUGGGCGAAUUCAAUUUCCAGCAGAGGAAUGGUUCUAUUUCUCCAAAUCAGUUAGCUGAAAAGGAUAGAUUAGUAGAACAGUUGUUGAAAGAGAUUGAAGAUCUUAAGAUGGAAUUGAAAAAAAUGAAAAUUGAGUACGAGCGACAGAUUGACGAUUUGAAACGAUUAAUAAUAACUCACGAAGGACAAAUUGCAGAAUUAGAAAAGAGACUUGAAAUAGUACAAAAAGAAAAAGAAGAUUUGGAACAACAAUUAACUGCGGCAACAACUAUAGAAGAAACAUUAUCUAAGGCAACUGAAGCCGAAAAAAAAGCAAAGUGUCAAGAAGAAAAGUUUUAUAAAAUGAAAGAAGUUUACACUAAACUAAGGGAAGAACACAUUGCAUUAAUACGUUCUAAAGCUGAAGCAGAUAAACAGAUUACAACAUUAAAAACUACUCUUGAAGAUGUAAAAGCAUCGAAAGAGGCCAUAACAGAGAAGUUGCAGUUAGCAGAGAGAGAAAAGUCUCUAGUUGAAGGAAAAUUACAGAAAUCAGCAAAUUAUGAUGCAGAAUUAGCAACAGUUACAGCAUUAAAAAAACAAUUAGAAGAAAUGAAUAAAAAAUUACUUAAUGAUUUGGAAAUUAGUAUGAAAGAAAAGACUGAAAUGGAAGAAAACAUUAAUUCACUUAAUAAAUCAAAAGAGCAGUUAGAGGAGCAUAUAAAAGAUAUUCAACAGCAUCGUGAUACUACUGAAACACAAUUAAAUAAUCAAUUGGAUAGAUAUUCUUCGUUAUUUGAUGGUAUCAUUACAGAGUGUUGUCACAACAUAGAACAUUCUUUAGAUGAGUUUGAAAAUCCCUUCCUAGCGGCAGUUACGUGUACUCCAGAAUACUUAUUAUAUCAAGCAGAAGUGGUCAAGAUUGCCGCCGUGAAUAUGAAAAAUAUAUGCUGUGAUUUUUCGUACAAUUCGCCGGAAAUCAAUAAACAUUUGCAGUCAUUGACAGGAUUUUCACAUUUAAUGGCUGAUUUCUUAAUUCAGGGCAAAACUACUACACAUUCGUCGUCUGAUCUAGAGAAAGCAGAUGAGUUAGUUAACGCUUGCCGAACUUUAGGUUUGAAAACCAUAGACUUAUUUAACUGCUUAAGAUCAAAAGAUAAUAUAAUGAAGGAUAAGUCAGAAACAAUGAAUAGUGUUUUAGACUGCAUAGAAACUAUAGCAUCCUUAACAGACACACUAGUUCCUAACAUUACGGCAAACGAAUCUCAGUCACUUUCCGACAUGGUGGAGGAAGAAUUAAGCAGUAUGGACCGAAUUAUCGAGGAAGCAGCCUUACGAAUUGAAGAGCUUUUAAAAAAUUCUAGAGCCGGAGAUACCGGUAUUAAACUGGAAGUUAAUGGAAAAAUCUUAGAUGCUUGUACUAAUUUGAUGCGGGCAAUUAAAGUGUUAGUGGAGAGUUCAAAAGAUCUUCAAGAAGAAAUAAUCUCGCAAGGAAAGGGUUCUGUUUCAGUAAAAGAAUUUUAUAGUAGAAAUCACAGAUGGACGGAAGGUCUAAUUUCUGCAGCCAAAGUCGUCGGUCUAGCUGCAAAAUUUUUAGUUGAUGCAGCAGAUAAAGUUGUCAGAGGAAACGCAAAAUUUGAAGAGCUGGUUGUUGCUUCUCAGGAAAUUGCAGCCGCCACAGCACAGCUGGUCGUCGCUUCUAAAGUCAAAGCCGAAAAGGGAAGCGAACGAAUGGCGAAGCUCUCCAAUGCUUCCCGGCAAGUCUCGGAAUGUACGGGCAACGUGGUGGCGACGGCCAAAAACUGUGCACAACUCACCGAAGAGAGCGAAGUUAUGGAUUUCACCAAAUUAACACUCCAUCAAGCAAAAAAAUUAGAAAUGGAAUCACAGGUGCAUUUACUAGAACUAGAAAGCGCACUGGUCAAGGAGAGAGCCCGACUGGCUGGUCUACGAAAGCAACACUAUCAUUUGGCGGGAGCAAGCGAAGGCUGGGAAGAGGAGGACGUCCAACAAUGACCGAACAAGUGACGAGUUGACCACAUUCCUUCAUUUUUAAUGGAAAUCAUCGGUGCGUCUUGGCAGCCGUCGAGAGAAUUUCGGCAUAAAAGUUUUAACGCCUUUCAAUGUACAAGAGACUUCCUCAUAAUGUUCCAUGCACCAGUAUAUAUAAAGUAUAAAUAUAUAUACACACACAAAAUAUAUGUGUUAAAAAAGAAAAACAAACAAACAAAAAAAAAACAGAAUAGUUUUGUAAAUAAGUGUGUGUGUGUGUUUGUGACACGUUCAAAUAUCAAGUUGGUAUUCGUUGUGGACUUUUUUUUGCAUAUUUACACAAAAACUUGUUGCAAAUUUUUAAACAAUUUAUACCAUUUAGUCUAUAAAGAUACAAAGCAGGAUUAGAUCUAAAGGCAAAAAAGAAAAAAAAAUUUAUCUUUUCUGCAUUAUAUAUAAAUAUAUUCCAGUGUAAAAGAUGAUCUUAAGUGAUAUAUAUUUUUAAAUAGUUUUUUGUUAUUCCAACAAAUUUAUAUAUAUAUAUAUAUAUUUUUCACAAUUGUUUAUAUUUAAAUUUGCACUAGAUGGUCAGAAAGUUGAGUUUUUAUUUACUUUAGUUCGCUCGCCGAAUGACCCCGAAUCGACAUAAAAAACUGUCUUUGUAUCUCUCUCUAUUAUUAUUAUUUAAUUAAAAUCUAUGUAGCUGUCAACCGAUAAUGCAUUUUGUAUUUAUCCAUGAUGUUCAGAGCGGGUGUCGGCGUCAAACGUUUCCAGUUUUAUGUCAUUUUUUUGUACAGAUUGAGAUCGCUUCGGCACCGACUUCUCGACAAAACGGUUCGUAGCUUGUUGCUAAUCGACUCUGUGCGCAAAUUAUUAUAUAGCACAAAUAAAAAAAAAAAAAGAAAUA